CACGGCUGACCUCUUGAACUCGGCUCUUUGGGAAUGUUGUCUGCCAUCCCUUUCGAUGAGGACGGCAUUCUGCUUCCAUGACGGGACUUGGCAACCUCGCCCCUCCUCUCUGGGUCUGCCUGGAAGCCAGAUCUGUAGGAAAGACCUAUAGAGGUCCCUUUGAAGGGAGUGGCUUCGCUCAUCCCAUUUCCACAGAGCAGAGAAUGGCAAGGAAUCUCACUCGAUGGUGGACCAUCGUACCAUUGGGGCUGCUGUUUUUGGUCCAUGGAGUCCAAUGCUUUUUCUUGCCCAAUGCCACCCAUUUGGAAAACAUCCUCAAUAGAUACCGGGAUGAGCAACCCCACUCAAGGGCAAAGAGAACAAUUUCCUUUUCGGACAAGGAAGAGAUCCUGAUGCUUCAUAAUAAACUGAGAGGCCAAGUCUACCCUUCGGCAUCCAACAUGGAAUACAUGAUAUGGGAUGAUGAGCUGGAGAGAACAGCUGAGGCCUGGGCCCACGAAUGCAUUUGGGAUCAUGGACCUGCCACCCUCCUUAUGUCCAUCGGUCAAAAUCUGGGAGUUCACUGGGGCAGGCAUCGUUCUCCAGCUUUCCACGUCCAGUCUUGGUACGAUGAAGUGAAAGAUUAUAGCUAUCCGUAUGCACAUGAAUGUAACCCGUGGUGUCCAGAUAGAUGUUCUGGAGCGAUGUGCACACACUACACACAGAUUGUCUGGGCCACCACAAAUAAAAUUGGCUGUGCCGUGAACACGUGCCAGAGGAUGGAUGUGUGGGGAGAGGUCUGGGAGAACGCGGUCUACCUGGUCUGCAACUAUUCCCCCAAAGGCAACUGGAUUGGAGAAGCCCCGUACAAAAAUGGCAGGCCAUGUUCCGAAUGCCCACCUAGCUAUGGUGGAGUGUGCCAGAAUAAUCUCUGUUACAAAGAUGACCGUUAUGUACAAAAGCCCGAGACGGAGGAGACGAACGAAGUGGAGACGCCCCAAGUGACUGAGGACCAGCAUGUGUGGGUCCAAGAGAGGGUUCAAACCCGACCCACCAAACCCACGAAGGAAAAGAAACCAGCCACGGCGACGUACAUGACGCAAGUGAUCAAGUGCGACACCAAAAUGAGAGAUAAAUGCAAAGGAUCGACGUGUAACAGAUACUUGUGUCCUGCCGGCUGCUUGAAUAGUAAUGCAAAAGUGUUUGGGAUCUUCAACUACGAGAGCUCGUCCAGUAUAUGUCGGGCUGCCAUUCAUUCCGGGGUGUUAGAUAACCGAGGAGGCCUGGUCGAUAUCACCCGGAAAGGCAGAACGAACGUCUUCAUGAAAUCUCCAAGGAACGGCGUAGAAUCGUUAAGUAAAUUCAAACCUUCCAAUUCCUUCACCGUUUCAAAAGUCACGGUGCAGACCCUGGAUUGUUACACCACGGUAGAGGAGCUGUGUCCGUUCAAGAAGCCGGCCACUCAUUGCCCAAGGUCCUACUGUCCAGCUUACUGCAAAGAUGAGCCAUCCUACUGGGCGCCAGUGUACGGCACAAAUGUUUACGCGGAUAAUUCCAGUAUCUGCAAAACUGCUGUACAUGCAGGGGUCAUUGGAGACACUUCUGGUGGUUACGUGGAUGUGAUGCCUGUGGAGAAGAAAAAAUACUACAAUGGUUCUUUGAAGAAUGGGAUCCGAUCUGAAAGCUUAAAGCCUCCAAGAGAAGGAAAAGCCUUCCGCAUCUUUGCCGUGAAGCAAUAAACAUUCAAGAAAGAGGAACCCUUCCACUGGGAAGCGCAUGAGGCACUGUACCCAAGCGAUGGGUAGCUCAUGCAUGGUGGAGUUUGUCCUGGCAUGCUGUAUGACGAAGCCCUCUUAGCCAAAACUCUUUCAGGGAAGAAAUAGACGGCCAUGAGAAAUCACAUUGUGACUUAACUCAUCAGCAUUGGCUCAGUGUUUUAUUAUUAUUAUUUUGACUUUCAAAUGUUUUGGACAUUCAGCAAAGGUUGUGGGUUCUAAUUAUAAGAGAGGGGUGGUGGACACCUUGCCUUCCCCCUUGGUGGACAGUUUUAAUUGUACAAAGUCCUUCAUAGAAUCUACCACUUCCAAAGCAGGGGAUGUAUUUUUAACAAAUGGAUGAACUUAGAUGGGUGAAUGGUGAUGAACCUCAGGCCCGUGGGCCAAAUCUCACCUACCAAGGUUUCCUAAAUGGCCGUGCCCACUUCCCCUGUCUUCACCCCCUUUUCCCCAGUAUAAAAUCCAUCUGUCCUUCAACGCAGCCCCUUAUGGAGGGUGAGACACCUCUAGGUUUUGGUAAUGUAUUUUUCUGUGUAUGCAUGGAUCCAAAUCACUCUGGUAAGUCUUGAUUUGGGUCAACGGAGGGAUGAGUUCAGUUUCGACAUACAACGCCGAAACAAUACAGUCAGGCAUUUCUUUGGAUAUUGGAAAGGGCACGCGAGGCGGUCAAAAAGGAAGCCGCCUUACUAAAAGAGCACCAUCUCUGGAAACUGGGGGUUUCUCUCCAACCCAAAGAUCAAUGUGGGAUAGCUGAGUUUGCUGGCCAAACAAUUGCAGGAAGUCAGGCAGGUGGGGCUACUAGCAAGAAGCCAAGGAAUUAGGACUCCUGUCCAGGCACAUUUUGAUCCAUAGUACAAUAGGCAGCGUUAUUUUAUUUACAAUUAAAUGCAACUUAUUUUAUUCAGCAGAGCUGGUUAUAUCUUAAGUAAGCAGUGAUCUCUAAAAGUUGAUCUUUAUUUUGUUAGAAUCAUAAAUAGUGUUUGCUUCACCUUUUUUGUUUGUAUAGAUUCAGGACUAUAUAAAAUAUAUGUUGAGGUUAACUACAACAUAUAUAUUAUACAGAGCUGUUAGAGCAGGUCUGCUUUCUUGUAUUCAGUGUGUGUGUGUGUGUGUGUGUGUGUGUGUGUGUCACAUGCAGGUCUUAACUGUGUCUAUAGAGAAUAGUGUCCAAUGUUCAUCCAGUUAUUCAAAGGGUUGGAUUUUCAGAAUUUAUCACCCAUUAUAUUUAUCCUUAAAAACUUUACAUCAAUCAUAACUAGGUUCCAAAGAUUUGGCUAGCAUGUGCCUGGUGGCGUUUUGGAUGUAUUUCCAUUUCACUAUCAGACUUUGAGCCUGCACUAUACCACAAAUGGGACAAAUACUAUAAUCUGAAUAUGAAACAUCUUUUUAUUGAAAACUCUCCCCACGGCCUGAGUUCGAUCCCAGCAGAAGCUGGUUUCCGGCAGCCGGCUCAGGUCGACUCAGCCUUCCAUCCUCCCGAGGUCGGUAAAAUGAG